AUGGAAGAAACUACUAAAUCGAAAGCCUCCUCCUCCUACCCAACAAAAAAAACAAUAAUAAAAUUACUAACAACCCAUCUCUUCCUUUUCUUGAGCCUCCAUGUCUCCCAAGCCCAAACAGAGAAAAAGCCAUCACCACCAUCGUCACUGGAACUCGAGGCCUGCGACGGAAUAUUCCUGUCGUACACCCUCGUGGGGCGGCAGAAGGAGUACCCGCACGUGAAGAACGUGUCGAAGCAGGCGUGGGCGUUCAAGGCGGAAGCCACGCUGACGAACGUGGGAGAUGAGGAGGUGCAGGGGUGGAAGAUGUUUAUAGGGUUCCAGCAUCGCGAGAUUCUGGUCUCCGCGGACGGCGCCGUGCUCAUCGAUGCCGGUGAUUUUCCGGCUGCGGUGGGCAACGGGACGACGCUGGUGGGGACCGCCGUGACGGACUUGAGGACCGCCAUUGAAACCGCCGGGGAUCUGACCCAGAUGAGUGCCAAGAUUGAUAUUGUUGGGACGCAGUUUGGGUUGGGUGCUGGAGCCACGCCCAUGCCCAAAACCAUUACUCUCGAGAACGAUGGAUUCAAAUGCCCUGCACCUACUCAUCGAGCCACGAGAAUGUUCACAUGUUGCAGAAAGGACCCGACAGUGAAGGCAAAGCUAGCAAAAACAACCAAGUACCCACCUCGUAGGUAUGGAGACCUAACCAUCGCAUACGACGUGCUUCAAGCUUUCCAGAACAACUACUAUGUCCAAGUGACAAUGGAGAACAAACACCCAUUGGGUCGUCUUGAUCAUUGGAACUUGACAUUUGAAUGGCCAAAGGGAGAGUUCAUAUAUUCCAUUAAAGGAGCUUAUGCUCGCAGAAAAGACCCUUCUGAGUGCUUGUAUGGCGCAGCGGGAAAAUUCUACAAGGACAUGGAUUUCUCAGAAGUUGCGACCUGUCAGAGGAAGCCAACAAUCUCUGACCUUCCAGCAGAGAGAGCACAAGAUGAAAAGGUUGGGAAACUCCCUUGGUGCUGCAGGAAUGGCACCGUUUUGCCUCCGGUCAUGGACAAGAACAAAGCUAAGUCAAUGUUUCAGAUGCAAGUGUUCAAAAUGUCACCAGACACUGAUAACAGAACCUCCAUCACACCCCCUGCAAAGUGGAACAUCGAUGGUGUCAUCAAUCCGCAUUACCAAUGUGGUGCACCGGUAAGGGUUGACCCUCAGAUUUUCCCUGACCCUAGUGGCCUAAGCGCAAUCACCACAGCUGUUGCAAGUUGGCAAAUAGUUUGCAACAUAACCAAACCCAAGCCUCAGCAAAACCGUUGCUGUGUCUCCUUCUCAGCAUUCUACAACGGAUCAGCAAUCCCUUGCAACACGUGUGCAUGUGGCUGUGAUGACACAAGCAAGUGCAACUCCAAAGCCUUUCCAUUGCUUCUUCCACCAGAGGCUCUUCUUGUGCCGUUUGCAAACAGGACCCUGAAGGCACGUGCAUGGGCCAAACUCAAACACCUGCACAUGCCUAGCAAGCUCCCUUGUGCAGAUAACUGCCCCGUCAGCAUCAACUGGCACGUGAGUUCGGAUCACAAGGAUGGAUGGACAGCUAGGAUCACACUUUUCAACUGGGAGGAUUACGCCUUUGAUGAUUGGUUCACCGCGAUUCAGUUGAAGAAUACUUUUGAGGAUUUCAAAGAUGUUUAUUCCUUCAACGGGACAAGAAUUCCUGGUCUCAAAACCAUUUUCUUAGAAGGCCUAAAGGGUUUGAACUACUUGGCUGGAGAGACCAAUGGAACAUAUGCUUACGACCCUAGAGUGCCAGGGAAACAACAAUCUGUGGUUUCUUUCACCAAGAAGCACAUAAAAAACUUUGAUGUCACAAAAGAUGGGUUCCCCACUAAGGUUUACUUCAACGGAAUGGAGUGUUCACUUCCUCCAAUUAGACCAGCCAAAAAUUUGGGGCAUAAAUCUUCCAUCAGUAUCAUCGCACUCGUAUUCACUGCGUUUGUGAGUUUGUUGCUGAUCUAA